AUGGCGUUCAGCGACGUCACCGAGAGUGUUGUCUACCACCUGGGCUACCGCCGCGAGGAGCUCAUCGGCCGGUCCUGGUACAGCCUCCUGCACCCUGAGGACACGCAGCUCGCAGCCGCCCAGCACCGGGCUGUGGAUCUAUCCUAUGUGUCUUUUGAGGAACUACUGCAGAUGCAGAACGGAAUGGGAAUGAGAGCCCAUCAGGGGACUGUUGGAAAGAAGACUGCACAUCCUGCCAAGCCCAAGAUAAAGCAGCAGCAAAGCAAAAAGGGGCCUGUGGAGAUGUCUGCCAAGAAACCGGUGCCUUUUCUGCGACGAGUGGUCCCUGUUACAAAGAAGGUCCAGCGAGACCCUCGAUUUGAUGACUUGUCUGGAGAGUAUAACCCGGAAAUAUUUCUGAAGACAUACAGCUUCCUGGACAGCAUCAAGAAGCGCGAGAAGGAGAUGAUUCAGAAACAGCUGAAAAAAUGCCGGAACGUGGAGCAGAAGGAGCAACUGCAACAGCUCUUGAGGCGCAUGACGCAGCAGGAAGAGGAGCAGAAAAAAAGGCAGAAAUGGAGGGAGAGGGAGCUGUCUUUGAAGAGACAGCAGCGGGAACUGGCCCAGCAGGGGAAGAAACCCUUCUUCCUAAAGAAAUCUGAGAAGAGGAAAUUGGAGCUAGCAGAGAAGUAUGCAGAGCUGAAGAGGAGUGGAAAACUGGAGAGCUUCCUGAACAAAAAGAGGAAGAGGAAUGCCAUCAAGGACAAGCGCCGGCUGCCCUCGCAGAAGAGCCUCUGAUUAUGGGAUGGACACAAUG